AUGCUUGCACUGUUAACAUUUCGUAAGAGUGGAUUACGGGAUGGUAUCUCAGUUUGCUUUAUGGCAUUGACCUUGUCUGAUAAACUAAGCCUCUUGGCGAAUACUCUGGCCAACUUGGUGGGAUAUUUCGACCUGGAGCUUCAUAUCAAGCCUUACAUCAGUCUAUACUACGUCAGCUACAUCUUUCCAUUCUACGGUCUCAUGUUCUACAACAUCUCCACAAUGAUCACAGUGUUUCUAGCCAUACAAAAAUGUUGCUGUAUUUCUUUACCCUGGAACUUUAAAAGUUACUUUUCCAAACGUCGCUGCAUCGCUGCAGUGUGUGGAAUCAAUUUUGUAUGUUGCAUUUUGAACAUUCCCUUCACCGCAACAGCGUUUCCUUUCGUGGAAGCCUUUGACUCGACCACAAAUUCGACCAGACUGACAUUUGCCUGGACAAAAGCUUACCGUUAUGACGUUUUCCCAGUACUCAAAGCUAUCAACUACAUCUCUAUACCUUUUAUAGCUGAAAUCCUUGUGUUGAUAAGCACUGUCAUAUUAGCCACUAAACUGAAAGAAUCGGUCAAGUUUCGUGACUCAGUGUCAGGAAAGACAUUUCUUACUAGAUCUAGUAACUCUGAUAAUAUUUCUUCCUCUCUGAGAACACAACUAAAUUCACCCCAAGCCUCUAAUAUCAAAAUCUAUUCUGGCAAAAAUGUUGCCGCCCAGCCAAUGUCUACAAAAGAGUUGAGAGCAACUCAAGCGGUGAAUGUUGUCGCCAUUUUGUUCGUUGCUACCAACUCUCCUGACGUCAUUGUGUAUAUGGCGUCCCUGCUCUUCCCACAAUUCUCAUCGCAAGGGUUCUACCACAACACUUUCAGAUUGUGUAUCGAGCUCCAGGAUCUUCUUCAUGUUUUGAACUUGUCUGUGAAUUUGUUUAUUUACUUGAAAUUCAACACUAAGUUCUUUAAAACCUUUAAGGCUUUGUUUUUACCAUGUUUCAGCAAUUAG